GGAAACGUGGCUACUGACAGUCAGUGAACUAAUAUUGCAUUGGUGACUAUGGGAGACACACCCUGUUAAGUAGACCGCAACUGACACUUUUGUUUCAAUGGCAAACGGCCUGGGUGAACUAUCUUCAUGUAUCCACCAUUUUCAUUCAAUUAUAUGAAACGUUCCGACAUUGGACAUUUCGAAUUAUAUCAAUAAUGCAUCUUCGUUGAUUGGCCAAUGAUACAAGUUAACGUUAUUACGUUAUUACUGUAGCCAAUCACAGCGCACGUUUGUCUAAGAGCGGGACGUUCCAAGGGGGGACAGAAAUUCUUCAAAUCCAUCUUUGUUUUCAUUUGACUCGACGAUGGUGUUGUCCGUUUCAGAUUAAUCUGUUAGCCAAGUAAACAGAUACACAUAGCUAUAAUUUACUUUUAGUGAAAAAAAUAUAAACUCCAUGGACAUGGUAAACUCAAACACUGACUUCAAACCAAGAAUCUAAGAACAAUCCAAGUUCCUGUUGAUAAUAUGAGUCAGAAGAUGGAGGAGUUGUACACCCUCGAGAGGGAGGUCGGGCGAGGUAGCUACGGUGUGGUCUUCGAAGGCCACAUGUCCAAAACAGGCCAGCGGGUUGCCAUAAAACGCCUGCCCUGCAGUAGCCCAGAGUGCAUCGAGCUUUACCUCCAGGAGCUGUGGGCCAUGAGAGCUACGGCCAAGAACCACCCCAACGUCAUCGCCCUCCAUGGCUGCCUGCUGCAGACCGGACCCAAGACCCUGCAGCCCCUCAGGCCAGGCAGGCUGCCUCUGGACCUGGUGGAGAGCGCCCUGAAGGGGAGCGUGGUGGGGGUAGAGCACAACCAGGAGGAGAAAGGGACUAAGUCGGACUCCUCCCGGUCUAAAACUAAGAAUAGAACUAACUCGGGUGGUCUCUUCAGAUCCAGAACCAAGAGCAGAUUGAGAACUAACUCAGAGUCAGACUUCUUCAGGUCCAAAUCCCAGGAAAGAACUAACUCUGACUUGUCCAUGUCCAAAACGCCUGUGAGGAAAAUUUCUGGCCUCUCCAGGCCCAGAAAGAGACCAGCCCCCACAGCAGAAAAGGAGAACCGUGGUCCCAGGCGCUGCUUGGCCCUGUGGCUGGUGAUGGAGUACUGUGAUGGGGGAGACCUGAACCACUACCUGCUGUCCAGACCUCCAGACAGCCAGAGGAACCACAGCGUGGUCCAACAGCUCAGCUCAGCCAUGGCCUUCCUCCACCGCCUCCGCAUCGUACACAGAGACCUGAAGCCAGACAACGUGCUGGUCUCUCUCACGCCUAACGGGCCUCUCGUCAAGGUGGCUGACUUUGGCCUGAGUAAGAUGAGCGUUGAGGGAGGCCAGGGGAUGGAAGGAGACACUAGUCUGACCAGACAGCACUUCUCCUCUACGUGUGGCUCUGACUUCUACAUGGCUCCAGAGGUGUGGGGCGGCCUCAGCUACACGGCCCAGGCAGACAUCUUCUCCCUGGGGGUGAUGUUCUGGGCCGUCUUGGAGAGACUCACCUUCCUGGAGGAGGGCUCCACACAGGAACAACUGGGUGCGUACGUGUGUAAGGCCCGCUGGCUGAUGCCCCUGGGCGAGGCCUUGUGUGAGAACCCGGACCUCCAGGUGUGUAUCCCCAUGAAGUCCCGCCGCGCCCCACCUCUACCGCCCCCUCCUGGCCAGGCUGUCUGCACCCUGCUACUGGACAUGCUGGCCUCCGACCCUGACGCCCGGCCCACCGCCGCCCAGCUGGAAGACAGGGUCCUCUCUGCCAUGGGGGAGGACUCACAGUGACACGUACAACAGGCUGCGUCCCAAACCUUACCCCAUAUCCCCUUUUUUAUAGUGCACUACUUUUGACCAGGGUGUACAUAGGGUUUCGGUCAAAAGUGGUGCAUUAUACUGGGAUAUGGAUCCUGGUCAAAAGAAGUGCACUAGAUGGGGAAUGGAGUGCGUAUUGGGAUGCAGAGACGGUGACCGAGCUUCUAUAUCCAAUGUACUGAAACUCGUAGUCAAUCUUAUCUACUAGCUGUGUGAGGGACCGUGACGGAGGUAAACCCACAACCUUGGGUUGAUGUUGCCACUAGUCAGUACCAUGCUAACCACUGGUGAUCUGUUUCUUAUCCAUAUAACAAUAACAAUAUGCCAUUUAGCAGACGCUUUUAUCCAAAGCGACUUACAGUCAUGCGUGCAUACAUAUUUUUGUGUAUGUG